UUGACUUGAAGACCUAUACUCAACUGCACCAGACUAAUAACUGUGUGACUCUGACAGAUCUUUUGUUUGUCGCAUGAUUGAUUAUACGAAUUUUUUUAAGUAACUCGAGAUGAAAUCGUUAUUUUUUGGUCUUUGUAGGAGUGUUCCUCACAGAAAAGUCAAGCUCUUAAACAAAACUGUUCACCCUCAUGCAAAUAUAUUGUGUUCUAACUCUGCAAGUGCCAAGUUGUUGAGGUAUUCAUUUUCUGGUAUCAAGUGCUACAGAAACUUGAAGUAUUUGCCUAGCUCUGUUAGAGUACAGGAUCACAUAGAUAUUAUUGCCCGUCAUUGGAAUCGUCACAUCGACUCAUUUUUAGAAAAUUUGAACGAGUCGUACCCUGGUAACCUGACAAUGGGCGUUCACGCGGUUCUUGUAAAUUCCGAAAACUCGGAUGACCGACCAAGUUUUGCUGCCGUAAAUCUUGCGCUGGAGUUGGACCAAGGAGACAUCCGUGAACACGAAGGAAAAAGCGCUGAUGCCAAGGAUCUCUUCCCUCUUACGACGGUCCUCCACUCGAGUCUUCCUUCGCAGAUCGAAAAAAAUGAAUUUAAUUCGUCUUCCGUCACUUCUUCCAAGACUCCGUCCACGUCUGCGGACACACAUUCUACCAGUUCCCGCACUGAAUCGCCUAUUGACUCCGACACAAUCCACUCCAAUAUUAAUUCUCAGUCUACGGAAUCACUUAAUUCUGUCUCUGAUUUAGCCACGUCAAAGAGAAUGGCUGCAUCGGAAGAAUGCAAUACAACGCGCUUGUCGAAUGCAUCCGAAUCCAAAAUAGCAACGACAAGUGUGUCAGAAACUCGUCCUUCAUUGUCAUCGAAAGUUAGAGUCCAUCCUAUUGGUGAGGCAAGUCACAAACGAAAGUCGACAGUGUGCGCAGAUGCAAGUGAUGUGCUUGCCAUGAUCUCGCUGUCGCAGUCCCGGGACGAUCAGAAAGGCGUUCGUCAUGCCUUUGCCAGAGGGUGGAAUAUUCUCAAACGCGUGCAAACGGUCCCGCGAGAUUUGAGAGGGUUGUCUCGCUACGUACGCAUCCUGUACCGUAUGCGCUCAGCCAAGAACCGCAACCUGAACGUGCCCACUGCCUUUGAUGAGACCUGCGCCAAACAUCCUCAUAAGAUCGCCUUCCUCUUCGAGGAUGAGAAGUGGGACUUUGCCAGGGUACAAUCCCUGAGCCUGAGGGUAGCACAGGCCUUCAGAGGGAAGGUGGCUAAGGGUGAAGCUGUGGCGCUGCUCAUGGAGAACAGAGUCGAGUACAUCGCCAUAUGGCUUGGGCUCGCCAGGUUAGGUGCAGUGCCAGCACUGCUGAACAGCAACCUGCGCCACAAGAGUCUCGCGCACUGCAUCACCACUGCAGACUGCAAGCUCAUCAUAUGUAGCCACGAACUGCAGGACGCCAUCGAAGAAGUUCGCAGCGACGUGUCGGCGCUGCCGGUGUACGUGUUCGGGACAAGUCAGGACAGCUCCAAGACACCGUUGCCAGGAAGCAAGGACCUGGACAGUCUCCUGAAGGAUGCGCCGGAGGAGGUUCCUCCUGAGCAGUCGAGCGUCAACUUCACGGACAAGAUCGUCUACAUCUACACGUCCGGCACCACCGGCCUGCCCAAGGCGGCCGUCAUCACGCAUUCCAGAGCUCUAUUGAUGGCCCCAGCUUCGUAUUUAGCUAUGGACUUCCUGGAGACUGACGUGAUUUAUUCGCCGCUGCCGCUAUACCACAUGUCAGCUGGUGUGCUCGUGGUCGGCCUUGCUUUGUUCAAUGGAUGCACGGCGGCGUUAGCGCGGAAAUUCUCUGCUUCGAAAUACUGGACUGACUGCAUCAAAUAUGAUGCCACGGUUGCCCAAUACAUCGGAGAAAUCUGCCGGUAUCUUCUGAACAGCCCGCCUUCCCCUGCUGACAAGCAGCACAAGUUGCGCGUGGUGUUCGGCAACGGACUGCGGCCACAGAUCUGGCAGCAGUUCCAGGACCGCUUCGCCAUCCCGCGCGUGGCUGAGUUCUACGGCUCUACUGAAGGCAAUGCCAACAUAGUUAAUAUGGACGGGCGUGUGGGGGCCGUGGGCUUCCUGUCAGUGCUGCUGCCCUCGGUGUACCCGUGCGCCCUCAUCAAGGUGGACCCUGAGACCGGCGCCCCUCUCAGGGACAGACACGGCGUCUGCCUCAGGUGUAAGCCAGGAGAGCCAGGGGAGUUCGUUGGCUAGAUCAUCA